AGGCGCUGCGGGUGCCGCUAGCGGAGGGCCCACUGUAGGCGCGAUGGCAGCCCGGAGCGCGGCCGUGACCUCGGAACUGGCAGACGGCAUUGCUGCUCCGGCCGAGGGCACGCAGGCGGCGGCCGGGCUGGCGCCGUGAUGCCCCAGAUGCCGCAGCAGCGCCAUCGAGACCGACUCUCCAACGUCAAGACCAAGUUCCAGGUGCGCGUGCGCGUGGUCGAGGGGCGGCGCCUGAUGGGCGGCAACAUGAACCCCGUGUGCCGCGUGUCCCUGGACGGCGACGCCAAGCAGACCCGCGUCCACAGGGGCACUUCCAGCCCCUGGUUCGACGAGAUCUUCUUCUACCAGCUCGAGAAGCUCCCCAGUGAGCUCCUGGAGGACUUCCUGGAGUUUCAGGUCUGCAAUUCUAGUGGCAUUCGCUCCACGACCAUCAUUGGCGCCUUCAAGUGCGAGGUGGGGAUGGUGUACGACCAGCCCGAGCACGCAGUCGUCAACCGCUGGCUCGUCCUGGCCAACCCGGACGAACCGACGCCUACUGUGCAAGGAUACCUGAAGGUGAGCGUGGCCGUCUUGGGUCCUGGCGACGUGUGCCCUGACCUGACUGCCUCGCGCACCGACCAGGACGACGUGGAGGCCAACCUGCUGUGGUCGGCCGGCGUCCACCUGCAGCCGGCGACCUUCACGCUCACCGUCUACUGCGCGCAAAACCUCCCAAGAAUGGAUGCGGGGACGAUGCAGACGCUGAAGGAGGUGCUGGGGAUCGGGAAGGCUUCCAAGGAGCUGGUGGAUCCUUACCUCCUGGCCUCCUACGCCGGCCGGGAAGUCCAGACCAAGAUCAUGUACACGAACGAGAAUCCGGAGUUUCGCCAGGACCUCCACAUGGGCUUCCUGUUCCCGUCCAUGUGCAACGUCAUUCGCGUGACGCUCAAGGACUGGGACCGCGUGGGCGAGGACGACACGAUCGGGACGGCCGUCAUCCCCGUGUCCGCGAUCUCCGCCCCGGGCGAGGACGGCUUCCUGCCGACGUUCGGGCCGGCCUGGGUGAACGUGUACGGAGCGCGCCGCGAGUGGGAGCUGCUCGAGGGAGACAAGAGCGAGAGCAUGAACGUGGGCGUGGAGGAAGGCUGCGCCUACCGAGGGCGCGUCCUCAUGGCCCUGCACACGCACGUGGGGUCGUAUCCGCCCGCGCCCUCGACCGCCAUCGAUAACGACGCCUUCAACGCCGUCAGGAGGUACCGGGGAACGAGGAGGUUCAUGCUGAUGUGCCAGCUGGCGGGGGCGUGGCUCCUGGAGGAGGCGGGAAGGCCCCUGGAGAUCGAGGUGUCCAUCGGCAACUUCGGAAACAAGCUUGAGAACACCAUGCUGCCUUCGCCCUCGUCCACUCACCCUGCAAACCCGGUGUUCGACGGCUGCAAGUAUUACUUCCUGCCGUGGGGCGACGCCUUGCCGUUGGUGACCGUUCACUGCGACUGGGAGGAUGUCACGCACCGACUUCACAGCGUCAACCACGUCACCGCGAUUGCAUCGGCACUGAAGAAGGAUCUGCAGCAAGUUGAGCUGGUGUUACGAAGUAAGCACCAGACUCCUGAAGGGAGGAAGGAGGUGACAGACAUUUUGCAAGACACACUAACGAAGCUGAUUGACGCGUGUAGGGCGCCCUUGCCAGCAGUGGACCCGGUUCGCCACGUCGAGACGUCGCUGGACCGCCACCUGAGGGACCGACGCAGACUCGAGUUGGACCGAAUCGCGAUGUCGUGUCAGGACCUGGAUACCUCAGAACACCAGUCCGUCUUGGAGGAACUGCAGGCCGUCCUCACCCUUCUGGAGGAUCUGGCUGUUGAACCUCAGAAUAGCAUCCCUGACGUCUUCCUGUGGCUCAUGAGCGGGACGCGCCGCCUCGCCUACGUCAGGAUCCCAGCUCACGCCGUCCUUCAUUCCCACGACCUGGCCGCCCAGGGAGAGCUGGCCGGGAAGUUCAAUACCUACACCCUCUGCUACCCAGACAAGGACGAGAGCUUCGUGGGCGGCGUCGUGCGGGCGUCGGUAUGGCUCGGGCAGGAGGCGGACGUCAGGUCCUGGUGGGACAGCAGGCCAGACGUCCAGCUCACCGUGUAUGCCGAGUCGUAUGAGAAUCAGGUGAUCGCCGUGCCCGGCAGCGGCAAGUGGGGCACCAGCGGCCUCCUGCUCACGCGCCCCGCCUUCUCCGACGCCGACGGGCGCCUCAGCCUCCCCCGCGAAGCCUUCCCGGAGCCCGAGGGAUGGAAGUUCCAGGGGGACUGGUUCGUCGACCCGGACCCCAGCGUGAAGUACGAGGCGGACGCAGGGCGGCAGCUGUUCACGGAGGAGGUGUACGAGCAGCAGAUGCGCGUGCCGGGGGGGACGUGGCUCCCCGCCCCCAACACGUGGACCGACGCCCGCGGCGACCCGGCCUCCAAGCGGGAUGAGAUCGCGUGUCCAGACGGGUGGAAGUGGCGGGACUUAUGGGCGUACGACCUGCAGCGCGCGGUGGACGGCGAGGGCUGGGAGUACACGGUGGAGAGCGGCCUUGUGGGCUGGUCGCCGCAGGAGAAGAUCUACCACGUGACCCGCAGGAGGAGGUGGAUUCGCGAGCGCUUCCUGGUCCACAAGGUCGAAAAGCACCAGGAGGCAGGGCAGGUGGAGGGCUGGGAGUACGCCCCCCUGUUCCGCCUGCAGUUCCACGCCCUCGAGAGGAAGGUGGACAUGGUGAGGCGCCGCAGGUGGAGGAGGCGCCUUGUGCCCGCCCAGCCCGGAGGAGCCCCGCCCACGCCAAGGCUCGUCGUGAAGGCGGGAGAUGGCGAUGACGCAAUCACGCAGCUCACGUGCCCGCGGAUGUACGUGGUGAGCGCCGAGCGCCACGUGUUCCAGCUCCGCGCGCACGUGUACCAGGCACGUGACCUGCCGGCGGGAGACAAGACGGGGCUCUCGGACCCCUACGCCGUGGUGAGCUUCUGCGCAGGGACGCAGCAGACGGAGAAACAGAAGGCGACGCUGUGUCCAACGUGGGACCAAACGCUCAUCUUCGACGACGUGCAGCUGGCGGGCCCCGUGCUCACCACCCGCACGCAGGCGCCGCAGGUGGUCGUCGAGGUCUUCGACUGGGAUGCCAGGGGCGCCCCCGAAUUCCUUGGGCGUGUGUUCUGCUCUCCUACCAUGGUCGAGUUGGGCGAGGCGUACCAGGCGCUACCUCUGAAGUGGUACCCGCUCUCGCGAGGGAAGGACAAGCAAGGUGAGCUCCUGGCGUCCUUCGAGCUCCUCCCGAAGGACGCGGCGGAGGAGCUGCCCAUUCUCCCCCCGACGCGCGGAGACCUCUACAUGGUCCCCUUCGGCGUGAGGCCCCUCCUGCAGAAGACCAGGGUUGAGGUGCUGUGCUGGGGCGUCCGCAACAUGGCCACCUUCGAGCUGCAGUCCGUGACGCGUCCGUCGAUCGAGUUCGAGUGCGGCGGCGAGAGGGUCACGUCGCCCAUCAUGGCCAACCUCAGAGUCAACCCCAACUUCGACAAGCCUCACCUGGUCUUUGAUGUGGAACUCCCCAAAGAGGACCUGUACAUGCCGCCGCUGACCCUGCGCGUGGUCGACCACCGGGCCUUCGGAAGCAAGCCCGUCGUGGCCACCGCCGUGGUGUCCGACCUUCACCAGUACACCGUGGAGCCCAAAUCAGCAAGGAAGAAGCGGAAGGGAAAAAGGGUCCCUUCGCAUCUCAGAGAGAGCUUGCCGUCCACCACCCUGCCGCUGCUGGACACCAAGGCGGCCAAGGAGAAGGCUGACUCCGCCCAUUCACGCCCGUCCUUGAGCCAUGAGCAGGCUGCCAGGGAGCCUGGUACAGUGGACACAGACAUCGACUGGUGGGCCAAGUAUUAUGCGUCGUCGGGCCAGUCCAACCGCUCCGGCGCAUAUCUGUCAAAGGGAUACGAGAAGAUGGAAGUGCUGUCAGGAGCCCUGGAGGACGAGGUCAGGUACUCGGGUUUCCGCGACCUCGUGGACACCGUGAAGUUGUUCCGAGGGCGAGGAGAUCAGGCCCAGUUCGCCGGCGAGUUCAAGGGCACCUUCCGCGUGUACCCCCUGAACCAAGAGGAGGGCGAGGACCAGCCGCAACUCCUGUCCGGCUUCCCGUCCCCCGACCCGCAGGAGGUGAUCGCACGAGUCUACGUGGUCCUAGGAACCGACCUGGCUCCCAAGGACGCCGGGGGCUCCUCUGACCCCUACGUCACGGUCAAGUUCGGGAAGACGAAGAGGUCCUCCAAGGACGACUUCCGACCCAACACCCUCAACCCCGUGUUCGGACACGUGUUUGAAGUUGGAGGAACUCUGCCUCUCCACAAGGACCUCCUGGUGCAAGUGUGGGACCGCGACCUCGCCUCCUCGGAUGACCUCAUCGGAGAGACCACCAUUGACCUGGAAAACCGUUUCCUCACCCGGCACCGUGCCACGUGUGGGCUCCCUAGGCAGUACCAUGUGAGCGGCUCCAACGCCUGGAGGGACGCGGAGACUCCGUUCGAAGUGCUGGCGGGCGUCGUCAAGCUGAGGAACCUCGAGGCGCCCGUGUGGCACGCUCAGCCCCCCGCCAUCGCCGUCGCCGGGAACAAUUACGCUCUCACGGAGUUCGAGUCCCCUGACGCGUCGCUGCCAUCAACCGUGGGUCCUCCGAAGGAGCGUCUGGCCCUCUACAUUCUGCACAAGCACUUCGCGCUGGUGCCCGAACACGUCCCCCCGCGCCCCCCGCUUGCUGCCCACAACCUCUUCCCUGCCUCCGCGCAACCGCUGCCUCCGCCCGUGGACAUCACGCCACGGCGCCCUCGCAAAUAUAAGUUGCGAGUAGUCGUGUACAAUGUGUUCGACGCGCCGCUUCAGGAGACCAGCUUAGUCGGAAGGGAAAAGAUGAGCGACGUGUACGUGAAGGGCUGGCUGCAGGGAACCAAGAACGUGCAGAAGACAGACAUCCACUACAGGUGCAUGGACGGAGAGGCGAACUUCAACUGGCGCUUCGUCUACGAGCUGGACAUGAUGGAGGCGGAGCAGAUGAUGGUGGUGGAGCACAAGGAGCACCCGUGGAGCCUCCACACCACGCAGGAGAGGCGGCCCCCGCAGCUCACGCUCCAGCUCUGGGAUAACGACCUGAUCCUCAGGGAUGACUAUCUGAGCGAGAUGACCCUCGACCUGUGCCGCAUGCCCAAGCCCGCCAAGCGCGUGGGUGCCGUCGGGCCCGAGCAGGUGCCGCAGAUGCAGGGCGACGGCGACGCCAACAGCGUGGCCAUCACGCUGCUCGACGACCACUCGACCGCCGUCAACCUGUUCGAGGCCAAGCGCCUCUACGGCUUCUUCCCCUUCGUCAGGGUCAGCGAGGGCAUCACCGAGAUCGCGGGUAAGAUUGAGAUGGAGUUGGAGGUGCUGACGGAGGAGGAGUCGAAGACGAGGCCAGCGGGCAUGGGUCGAGACGAACCCAACAUGAACCCCAAGUUGCCAGAACCCAACCGCCCCGCCACCUCCUUCCUGUGGAUCACCUCGCCUUGGAAGUCGUUCAGACACGUCGUCUGGAAGAACUACAAGUGGUACUGCAUCACGCUGGUCGUCCUCGCGCUCAUGUUCCUGUUCCUGUUCCUCCUGCUCUAUUCGCUGCCGGGCGCCACCAUCGACUACCUCAUCGGCGUGGACUAACGAGGUCGACGGCGUGGGUGUCACUGCCUGUGCGCGUGUGAUUGUUUGUGUAGCUGACGAGUGGCUGUGUUCAGUAUCUGUCACGUGUGGGCGGAGUAGCGUAGGGUGUCAAGAUUUCACUGAGGAUUCAUCUUGAUAUCUGCGCAAGGUGGAAAGACAUUGAUCAUAUUAUCAGAGAAAUGCAUAUAAAGUAUGGAAAUGAAUAUAAAAUAUUUAAACAGCUGGGGUUUUAUCAUAAUAAUCUAGUAAUACAGUAGCUUAGCAUUUAUCAAACACAAAUCUUUAUUAACAUUACACUUCUUUUAUAAUUACUAGACACUAGUUGAAACUGCAAACGGUGAAUUUUAUAUUUCAGAAAAAAUGUUAAAAUUUUCUACAUAUACAAAAUAUAUGGCAUAGUACAUACAAGAUAUACUAUGUAUUUAAGCAUGCACACAUGUAUACAUAUAUACAUACAUAUA